UUUGGAGAUUCGUGGGACGAAUGAAGUUUGUCCCUUCGCGGCUGUUGUAGUAGUUAGUUUUUCAGUAUGUCGGCUCCCAUGCUGUGCCAGCUGAGACGUCAGUGUUCAGCUGUGGCGUGCAUCACUGUGGCUCGAAGGACAUACACUCCCAGUCACCCAACUCCUCCGUCUUUCUUCAACAGGGUACUUUUUACCUUAAACAAGCACUUUUAUGAAGUAGAACAUCUCAUAAAUUGGAGCAGCUGGUUGAAGAAUAAAGUGAUCAGACGGAAAAAUGUAUUCUAUGGUUACACACAGAAGAAGUUUGGUGUCAAUGUGGCAGCAUCAUACUAUAUUCUGGGUCUGGGAGGAAGCUUCAGGUUUGCAGAUCAGCCAGAGUGGUUUCGACCUGACUCAAGAGGAAAGUUCAGCUAUGACUUCCUAAACACACCUAACUCAACUAUCGAGGAGAUUGACUUAAGCAGGACGCUCAUAAACCAUGUUGGUCUGGAAAACAUCAUGAGUCAGACCAGGCUGCGCCACCUUCGCCUGCAGGCCUGUCCGGAGGUGGAUGACUGGUUUUUAGCUCGUCUGCAUGUGUUCGGGGAGACCAUGGAGGAGUUAGACCUGUCCCAAUGUUCUCGCAUCACUGUGGGUGGCUUGGCUGCACUGCAGCACCUUAGGAAACUGCGGCGGCUGAAUAUUUCCUCCCUCCCUCGACUGAAGAACCCAGGUUUAAUUCGUAUUCUUCUAGAGGAGAUGCUGCCCCACUGUGAAAUCAUUGGCGUGGACUACGAGCAGGGACUUCUACAGGCGGAGCCGCCCACUGAAACCUUCACAGAGGACUCAGUACAUGCAGGCUCACUGGGAGCAUCACGGAGGCUGUAAUGAGAAUGUGGAUACUGGACAUGAAAUUACACGGCUUUCCAUAUGGACUUUUAGACUAGCUGAUGCAUAAUGGCACAGAUGCCAGCUAGGACACAUUAGAGCUGUUUAAGUUUUAGUGAUGUUAAUAAAUAAAAACAGAAUGCAA